GAAAAAGAAACAGCAAUCAUAGUGGUUUUUGCCAAAAAUAUAGUUUAAGGGGAAACACGAAUGCACAGUGUAACGCUUAAUGAGAAGGUUUUAAACAUUUUAAACUAAAGCGACUUAUUUUUUAUAUUUAUUAAUAAUUCAUCAUCGCGCUGUUACAUGACAGGUCCGAGUAACUAUACCAUGGAAAACUGAAAUGAAUGAUACAAUUUUGCUAAAAAUGUUUAAAUUAGCAAAUAGUAAAAAACAGUAACAAAACCUCAUUAGAUACAGGCCAGUAAACACUGAAACAAAGAAUAGCAAUGGCACCUUCCGUCUGUCCGUCCCUUUAUACAAAAAAGAAAAAAACAAGCGAAAAUUAAACAGAAUUUUAUUUUUAUAUCAAUGAACUCGUAUCUCUACUACGCAGGCGUGUGGGUGUGAGACUCAAUUAAAAACAAAACAAAUAAAUUUUAACUCAAUGCUGUUUUUUGAUGAUGAUGUUGAUGAUGAUGGUAUUAAAUUAAUGCAGAAAACCUUAUGCAAUAUGUAGUUACAACCAUUUUAGGGAAAAACUAACAAAACAUUAACAAUUUUUGCAAAAAAAUAGACAAAAAAUAUUUGCCUAUUUUCAUUAUUUUUUUAUAUUUGAACUGAAUUUGAGUGUUAGCAAAAGUUAAUAAGUUUAGGUGUAAAUUAUUAACAUACUUUAGUAUAGUGCUGAAAAUUAAACUAAACAUACGAAAACGAUAAAACGCUUUAAAAACAAUUAACGAUUUUGUUGUCCUUUUUAUGGACUAGUGAUGAAAAAUUAAAAAAAAAGAAAAACGAAAAUCAAUAUAAAAUAUAAGAAAGUAAAACCAUGCAUUGGUUAAGUGGUUUAAUAGUGAUCUUAAGCUGUUUGCUAACAUUGUGUCAAACACAAAGCUUUAGAUAUCCAGCUCAAAGAAGAGCUGGUUACAGUUAUACACAACCCUCAUCAUCAUAUUAUAAUCAACCUAAAAACUAUUAUCAAUCAUCAGCAAAUAGUCGAUAUACUCCAGCCAAAAGUUCAACUUCAUAUUAUAAUAGUCUAACAAAUCCCUCUUAUACUAAUUCCUAUACAAAACAGUCAUCAACUCAAAGGAACUCAUAUCCUUACAGCAGUUCAGCAGCUGCUUAUACAACAAAAGCUACGACGCGACCUUAUAGUCAAUCAUCGGGAUUAACAAAUUCAAUAAAUCGCAAUUAUGAAGCAACUCCUUCAAAAAACACCUAUUAUAGCAAUUCUGCUAAUAGCUACUCUAAAGGAUCUUAUAAUUCAUUAUCGGAUAGCUCAAAUAGUAAACAAUAUUUAAGCAAUUCAUAUAAUUCAGAUAAUUAUAAAAAGGAUAGUUCCAGUAGCGACAGCACAGCAAAUACUAAAGGCAAGAAUCGUGUUAGUAAAGCUGAUGCAGAAAAUGCCAAAUUUGCUGGGGCUGAUAAUCAGGAGAAUGAAGAAGAUGCCCGUACUGUCCACUUGAAACGUAGAAAAUUCCAUCGUCGUUUUGGUGGAGUCCUGGGAAAUCCCUGUUCACCUUUUGGCCGUGAUGCUGCCAAUGGUGUAACACCGCCUCCUAAAGAGCAAGGACGUAUACUGUGGGAUGUUAAUGUUUACAAUGUUUUUCCUCAAACUUCGGCUGGUUUAGGUUGUGGUGGUUAUGGAGGUUUUGGUGGAGGUCUGGGUGGUGGUUUGGGUGGAGGUUUGGGUGGUGGUUUGUUAUCGGAUCCUAUAGCUCCCGCCUAUUAUCCACCUGGUGCGGGAUUAGCUAAUUUUUUGGGUUUAUUUGCGCCUGGUAUAUUGCAGAAUACUUUGGCGGUUACUGCUCGACCGCCUCAGUAUGCUGACUAUGCACAGUCGUCGAAUAUAAACAACAAUGAUUUACAAAAUGAUCCAGAAGUAGAUCCAAAUUAUAGACCAGGUGGGGGAGGAGGUGGUACAUUACCAGUAAGAAGACCUAAUCGUGUUUUCUACGAUUCGGUUGGAGCGCCUCCUAUAACUCCCGGCCAAUUAGUGGGCGGUAUUGCUACGACAGUCAACGGUAUCAUACAACAGUUAACCGGUAACGUGCAGCCAGUUUAUGGAUGAUUUUGGAAAUCGUUUGAGUCAUGUUGCUGUUUAAUAUUACUAUUAUUUUAUAAGC